GGCAGAGAGAAGGUGAAGGUGGAUUCGACUGAGCUGAUGUGUGUUUCUAACACUCUUCAUUUCUCCUCUGGACAAAAAACACAAAAAAUCCAGGAAAUUAGUCUCAUUUUGUAUCUUCCCCUUUGUUAUUUGGCGGUGUUUUGCCGGUGUUGACAUACAUGGACUGGAAGCAGCGUUGCGAAGAGUGAGGAGCAUCAUUUGCCUUCACCGGACAUUCCCUCUUAAUGACACAAUAUGGAUACAAUAUUCUGAGGGAUAUUGUCGCCUGCUAUAUGGGAUUCGUUUUCGACGAAACUGCCUUGUUUUGGAGAAGAGCACCUUGGGCAUCAUGAGUUCCAGUGAGUACCACCGUGGCUCUACAGGAGAUGAGCGAAGCGCUGGGCCAAUUCGGUGUCAACGAUGUCGGGAAGUGUGCAAAGGAGAGGUGGUUCGAGUUCAAGAUACUCACUUUCAUGUCAAGUGUUUCACCUGCACAGUAUGUAACUGUGAUCUGGCGAGGUCAGGCUUCUUCCAGAAAAAGGGCGAGUACAUCUGCACAGCGGACUACCAGCGUCUGUACGGGACACGGUGCAACUGUUGUGGCAACUUCAUCACAGGCGAGGUGGUUUCGGCUCUGGGACGGACUUACCACCCAAAGUGCUUUGUCUGCAGUGUCUGCAGUAAACCCUUUCCCAUCGGAGACAGAGUGACAUUCAGUGGAAAGGACUGUGUGUGCCAGCAGUGCUCUCACUCACUCACUAAGCCAAAUGAACCUAUCAAAAUCCACGGGCCCAGCCACUGUGCCGGAUGCAGAGCAGAGAUCAAGCAAGGUCAAUCUCUCCUGGCGCUGGAGAAGCAGUGGCACGUCAGUUGCUUCAGGUGUCAAACAUGCAACAUGGUCCUCACCGGGGAGUACAUCAGCAAGGACGGAGUACCCUACUGUGAGGCAGACUACCAUGCCCAGUAUGGGGUGAAAUGUGAGGCCUGCAACAGAUACAUAAGUGGAAGGGUUCUGGAGGCUGGAGGAAAACACUACCAUCCAACCUGUGCCCGCUGUGCCCGCUGUAACAUGAUGUUUAAAGAGGGAGAAGAAAUGUACCUGACAGGAUGUGAUGUGUGGCACCCAUUAUGCAAACAGGCAGCAAGAGCAGAGAGGAGACUAAGGCAUAGACGCCUGUCAGAAACCUCCAUCUCUCCUCCAGGCUCCUCCAUUGGCUCCCCUAAUAGGGUUAUAUGUGCCAGAUUGGAGCAUGAGUUCCUAGAUUAUAAGGACCUAGCUGCCCUACCAAAGAUCAAGGCCAUUUAUGCGGUCCAGCAGCCAGACCUCAUAUCCUCCUCAUACCAGCCCUACCACAGAUACACCUCUGAUGACAGGCUAGACACUUACAUCUAUGGGGAGUCUCUUGGGACACUCUCUCCCUAUUCUCAGGACUAUGACUGCUUGGACAUAAAGCAGAGGCGAUGCUCCAGUCCAAGUUAUAUUGACUCCCCAACCUACAGUCGUCAAGGGACGUCACCUAUCAUGCCACGCUCUCCGCAGCACUUUGCGUACUCCGGUUCCGAGAGCGGUAGAAGCUCACCUUAUUAUGGCCAAGAGGGGCGGUCCAGCACGCCGACCACCAACCAGCCCCCAAAACAUUUCCAUGUACCAGCCACAGGGGAGCCCAACAUCUACAGGAAGCCUCCCAUCUAUAAGAGAACGGACAAUCAUCUGAAUGCAGCCACCAAAAGUAGGACCAGUGAGGACAUCCUGAGGUCUUCCAGACUGUCCACCUACUCUCCUGAGCCAUACACCCAGUCUGAGUGUGACUACUACCCGUACCCCAGCUCCCCCAGGGCCUAUCGAGUGCCGAGGAGACGGUUCUCAACAGGGGGAGAUGAAGAGAGUUGGAGUCACGGUCUUCAAAGAAUUGGGAGUGGCAUAGGGAGGAUGAUCUUAAAGGAGGAGAUGAAAGCCAGAUCUGGUUCCUAUGACAACGACCCCUGGGGUAGUGCGAGGAAUUCUCGUAGUGGGAGCAAGGAAACCCUCAACACGACAAGCUACAGCUCCACGGCCUACAACAACACCAUCAACGGAUCACCACGAUCCCAAUACAGCACUGACAGUGAUUUUGUUUGCAAGUCUGCCUCACUUCCAGGAUAUAGACGCAAUGGCAUGCAACGACCUCAGAGUGCAGACUGCUACCAGUACCAAUAUGACAGCAAUGAGGUCAACUGGGCAACCAGAGCAGAACACAAGGUUUACCCCUAUGAAGCGCUCAUUGUCACCACCAGAGGUCGGAACAGGCUCCCGAAAGAUGUGGAGAGAGCCAGACUGGAGCGUCACCUUUCCCCAGAAGAGUUUGGCCAAGUGUUUGGCAUGACCAUCGAGGAUUUCGACAGGCUGGCUUUAUGGAAGAGGAACGAGCUCAAAAAACAGGCCAGGCUCUUCUAACGUGCGGACUUAAAACACUGCCAUACAUCCAGAGAGAAUAUUUCUGCACCGUUUCACUGCCAUGGCUGAGAACCUGUUCUUGAUCUCCUCAUGCAAUGAACCAAAAUGUGGGCACACCAGCACAGACUUGUGGGGUUUACGUAGACAUUUAUGCACAGAGAAAGAAGAAAAAAAAAGACGUGUGUUCAUGUGCUGGAGUGGUGUGAAAGCAAUACAGACUCGUAGGUGUAGACGCCAUGUUGUGCAUUUCUUUAUUAUGAAGGACUUUUGAAGGCACGUGUGCACCCUGAAAACGUGAUGCUUUUAAUAGAAACUUUGGCUUUGCCUUAUUUGUUAUGCUUUCUAAGUUUGAGUGUGCAGCACCAGCAAUCUCAAUAAGUAGAAUGUAGUCACAGUGCAUAAUUGAUGUCACUUUAUCUGUGUGAAUGAUCACAUGACCAGCGCGGAUGACGGCUAGAAUAUGAUCCGUUCAUUUUCACAAUUUAAUUCUUCCCCCUGAUUGUGCACUCACCUUUUAAAGGGGAACAUUAUCACAAUUUCAGAAUGGUUAAAACCAUUAAAAAUCAGUUCCCAGUGGCUUAUUAUAUUUUUCGAAGUUUUUUUCAAAAUUUUACCCAUCACGCAAUAUCCCUAAAAAAAAGCUUCAAAGUGCCUGAUUUUAACCAUCGUUAUAAACACCCGUCCAUUUUCCUGUGACGUCACAUAGUGAAGCCAACACAAACAAACAUGGCGGAUAGAACAGCAAGGUAUAGCGACAUUAGCUCGGAUUCAGACUCGGAUUUCAGCGGCUUAAGCGAUUCAACAGAUUACGCAUGUAUUGAAACGGAUGGUUGUAGUGUGGAGGCAGGUAGCCAAAAACGAAAUUGAAGAAGAAACUGAAGCUAUUGAGCCAUAUCGGUUUGAACCGUAUGCAAGCGAAACCGACGAAAACAACACGACAGCCAGCGACACGGGAGAAAGCGAGGACGAAUUCGGCGAUCGCCUUCUAACCAACGAUUGGUAUGUGUUUGUUUGGCAUUAAAGGAAACUAACAACUAUGAACUAGGUUUACAGCAUAUGAAAUACAUUUGGCAACAACAUGCACUUUGAGAGUGCAGACAGCCCAGUUUUCAUCAAUUAAUAUAUUCUGUAGACAUACCCUCAUGUCAGCAGGCCAGGGAAGCUAGGGUCGAUAUUCUUCUCUUGAUCAUCUUCGUGGCAUAAGGGACGGUGUGAGCCAAGACAUCCAGAGGGUUUAGCUCGCUCGUCUGCGGGAACAAACUGCCGCCAUUGCUUGCCGUGCUACCGAGGUCCUUUGUCCCUGAAUUGCUCACACACUCCGGCAGAUUCAAUGGGGGUCUGGCGGCAGAUUUCUUUGACUUUUAUCGUUGGAAAUGCAUCUGCUUUGAGUGUCGCAGGAUAUCCACACAUUCUUGCCAUCUCUGUCGUAGCAUAGCUUUCGUUGGUAAAGUAUGCGGAACAAACGUCCAAUUUCUUGCCACUUUCGCAUCUUUGGGCCACUGGUGCAACUUGAAUCCGUCCCUGUUCGUGUUGUUACACCCUCCGACAACACACCGACGAGGCAUGAUGUCUCCAAGGUACGGAAAACAGUCGAAAAAACGGAAAAUAACAGAGCUGAUUUGACUCGGUGUUUGAGAAAAUGGCGGAUUGCUUCCCGAUGUGACGUCACAUUGUGAGAGCGAAUAUUAGAAAGGCAUUUAAUUCCCCAAAAUUCACCCAUUUAGAGUUCGGAAAUCGGUUAAAAAAAUAUAUGGUCUUUUUUCUGCAACAUCAAAGUAUAUAUUGAUGCUUACAUAGGUCUGGUGAUAAUGUUCCCCUUUUAUACUAAGUGGAUUCAGUGCUUCAAAAGUAAUUUGACCUAAACUUGCAAACCAAAUACACAGAUUAACAGUACACAUAAAUGUGAUGUCACAAUAUCCAAAAUUAAUACAUUUUGAGAACGUGCAAUACAUAUUGAAAACAAUGUUUGUUUGUUUUUAUCUUAUUGCAAUAAGAUGGUUUAUGUAUACAUUAGUCUAAUCAUAAUUUUUGUAGCUUCAGGGGUUAUGAUUGAUAACACGGAAAUGCUUUGAAGGAAUUUCACGUCGCUAAAGAACCAGGGUUGAUGAAUUGCUUCCUUUGAGUACUUUUUUGGAUUUUGUCACUAAAAUUAAAGUUAUGAUUACAUUCUGUCUUGUUGUUUGUAUUUUUGACAAAUACUUGAAAAGUACAUAGUGUGUAGUAUUAUUUAACGCAGGGACAUCCAAACUUUUUCCACUGCAAAACCAAGAGAUGCGGUCCAUUUUGA